GUUUUGAUUUCCCACCAAAAAUUAAUCUUCAAGAAACCGACAAUUCAACAGUUCUCUCUCCCUCACUCACUGUAAAGCCCUAGCAACAGUUCCCCAAUUCUCACUCACUCAUGGCAAACCCUCACCCCCCUUCCCCCAUCUUACUUCUUGACGACGAGGAACUCCAAGAGGACCAAAUCGCAGCACCGGGAUUCAAUGAUGAUGGAGAAGAUGAAGACGAUGAAGACGAAGAAGAAGAAGAAGAAGAAGAAGAAGAAGACGAAGACUUAAUUGACACGGAUUAUGCUGUGUACAUUGCAUCACUACAGCAUUCUGGUGUUUCUCAUAACGGUGCCGGAAAUUCUCGUGAAACAGUGGCGAGCAAUGGGGCUGAGGAAUGGGGGCGUAAGCGGAGAAGAGCUGGAGAAGGCAAAAGCGAUGGAAUUGGCAGUGCAGAGAGUUCCCAAGGCAGCCACUGGACUCGGAAUGAAAUCGAUGGGCUAUUUUGCCCUAUUUGCUUGGAGGCUUGGACCAACGACGGUGAUCAUCACAUCUGUUGCCUUUCUUGUGGACACAUAUAUGGUAUGUCCUGCAUAAGAAAAUGGCUACAGCAGCGUAAAAAUUCAGGGAAGUGCCCUCAAUGCAACAAGAAAUGCGCGUUGAAGGAUGUUAGGAAACUUUUUGCUUCACGAAUUGUUUCUCUUGACGAAGAAUCGCAAAAGAUGAUUCGGUCACUUGAGGCUAAAUGUGAUUCUCUUGAGAAGAAGAGAGCUGGUUGGUGUAAGAAAGAAGCUCAAUGGCGAAAGUUAGAGGCUGAACUGCAGCUUAAAGUUCAGAAGCUUACAGAGAGGACAACAUAUUUGGAGUGUUUAUUAGGAGACGCGCAUAGCAGAACAUCUGGACAAGUCAAUGCUCAUGGGGCCGUUGAAGGAAGAUUUGCAUCUGGUAACACAAUUUUAGACGAAAAAUCUUAUGGGUGGAACUUUGACUCAAAGCUCUGUGGACAAGCGUAUUCUUGCAAUUUCAUAUUAGAGAAGGAGUUGCAGGUAGAUGGUGCUCGUUUAUUUGAUGUUGAUGCAUCUAACCAAAUUGUGUUAAUUUCACGAAGGCUUGCUGGGAUAGGUGGGACACAAGCUCUUACCAAAUUGAGUUUGAUACCUCCGUAUGACAGAGAUGAUAUUUUCCUUCCUAGAUCUAUAAAAGUCAUUAGGGACCUACGCAUUUGCCCUACGAACAGUGACCUUGCACUGUUUGCUUGCCUAGGGAAGAAGUUGUCAGUUCUCAGUAUGGAAAGCAACAAUGUCAUCCUUGCCUAUGAUCUACCGGCAGCUGCUUGGACAUGUUCCUGGGAUCUCAAUGACUCGAAUUAUGUAUAUGCUGGAUUACAGAAUGGCUCUCUUUUGGUGUUUGACAUGCGCCGAACUGCAGGGCCUGUUGCAACGAUGAAGGGGCUGACAAACAACCCAAUUCAUACAGUACAUUCCCUUCCAAAUAAUUCAGCUCUUCCUUCUGGUGCUAGAACAGUGCUGUCCGCUUCUUCAAUUGGCUUAUGUCUGUGGAACGUUGAUAAUGCUGAAGAAGGGCCGAUAUUGGUUCCUCAAACGGAGAAUCAAGGAGUUUGCAUAUCUCUUGCUUAUUGUCCUAGCAGUGACGACAUUGUCGCUUCCUAUCGUCCCAAAGUGGAAAUGUCUAAUGAGACAAUCUUCUCUCAGCCGCCGCUUACUCCUUCCCGUGGUGGCAUUGGACAAGGAACAGUGGGUUCCCUUGUUUUACUAAAGAGAGCAGACAGCAGCAACUGUUUUAAAAGGUUGGGAUCUGCAUGCACCAAUGUCUGUGAUAUCGGACUGCCAAAAUCUGCGAUCAUCGACGUAGGAAAUCAUAGCACAUUGUUUGCAUCAGAGGAUAAGUUUAGUUCCAAAUUGGUUUUAGAAGAGUUGCCAUCUUUUACAACCUUCCAGAGCCUUAAGUUGCAUAAAGAUCCUGUUCGCGAUCUCAAGUACACUCCUGCUUUGAAGAAAGGUCUGCUUAGUUGUUUAAGUGGUGAUAUACUGCAACUCUUCAGUACCAGGCUUUCAUGAAAUAGAUCAUUUUCAGUUAUGUAAUUGCUCAAUUUAUGUAUGUUUUUUUUAGUACCGAUGCUGUAAUUGUAUUGUAUAAUAUAUUCUAAUGCCUUCAUAGUAUUUAGUUUUACA